UUCUAUAAAAAUUACGAUUAAAAAAAAAAUUUAAUUAAAAAAUGAAAUUAAUUUUUGCAUUUGUAAUUUUAUUUGGGAUUAUUUUUUCGAUAACUACUGCAUAUACAAUUUCUGAAGCUGAUUCUGAUGAAAAUGAUAAUAAUUAUAAAGUGUUAUAUGAAGUGAAUGCAGAUGAUACAGAUCAUGAUUCAUCAGAUCGUAAAAUACGUCAAUUCGGUUUUGGUGGUUUCGGUGGAUAUGGUGGAUACGGUGGAUAUGGUGGUGGAUGGGGUGGUGGCUGGGGUGGUGGUUAUGGUGGAUAUGGUGGAUACGGAGGAUGGGGUGGAUAUGGUGGAUUUCGAAGAUUUGGUUUUCGAAGAUUCGGUGGAUAUUGGUAA